CCUAGCAAGUGAUUGGAGAUGCUCUAAUACGGAUGAAUAAACAAACAGUCUUCUGGUGACUGUCUGAUCUCUCUUUUCGCCUUCGUGCGGUGGCUGUACAUCCGGGCAUCCCCACGCGCCGCCGCUUUUUACGAUGGAGAACAAUCAGCAACAAUCAGGUAAUGGCUCUCCACCAAAGCCAUGGGAAAAAGCUGCAUCCUCUUCUGGUCCUGCACCUUUCAAACCGCCUUCUCCAGGCAGCACAAGUGAUGCAGUGGUGGCAUCAGGAACUGCUAAACCAGGUGAAAUUGUCACAUCAGCUAACAGGAAUAUGGCUGUUAAUACAAAUACACUUGCACGACCAGUACCUAGCCGGCCUUGGGAACCACAGCAGACAUAUGGCACCACCUAUGGAGGUUAUUCAUCUGGUUUAAACUACAAUUCCGGUUAUGGGUCAGGGAUGUAUGGUGGCACUUCAUAUGGUGGAUAUGGAUCAGGCAUGUAUGGUGGUGGAUUGUAUGGGAAUAACAUGUAUAGAGGAGGUUACGGUGGAGCAUAUGGAGGUGGCAUGUUUAAUGGGGGGAUGUACAACAAUGGAAUUGGUGCCGUUGGAGGCCCAAUGGGUGGUUAUGGAAUGGGCGGGCCAUAUGGAGAGCAUGAUCCGAACAAUCCAUAUGGUUCCCCUUCAUCUCCGCCAAGCUUCUGGGUUUCCUUGAUGCGAGUGAUGCAAGGCGUUGUUACUUUUUUUGGGCGGGUAGCAGUGCUGAUAGACCAGAAUACCCAAGCAUUCCACUUGUUCAUGACUGCACUACUUCAGCUGUUCGACCGUUCAGGGUUAUUGUAUGGGGAGCUCGCCGGGUUUGUGCUAAGAUUAUUAGGAGUGAAGGCAAAGCCUAAGAAAUCUCAUCCUCCGGGCCCACAAGAUCCUCGCGGGGGUCAAAAUUUCAUUGAGGGGCCAAAGGCUGGUGGGGGACCCAGUGGAGCCUGGGACAGCGUAUGGGGCACACAGUAAUGCAUGCGGUUCUGUUUACCCCUACACAGUUACAUUGUGACCGCAGCCAAACGCGGCCUUGCCGCUCUGUGCAUGGAGUCCAGCUUCCAUGCUGCAGUUGGUUAGUACAAUGCGUCACACUCCCAUAGCUUGAAUUGUGAAAUGCAAUAUUUUAUCUUUCAUUAAAAGAAACUUGAAUUCUGAAUCUCUGUAUUUGGUGUUACAAAUAUGGAUGUUACAGUGUCAUAGGGAGUAUUUGCUGUGUUUUCUUUACAAAUAUUAUUUACUACUGUAUUUUACUAUAGUUAUGUAUUAUGGAGAUUCAUUUACCAGUGUUGAUUAUCUGGUUUC